CCAUUACGUCCUGUAGUUUGUACUUCCCGUCGGCGUCCUCUCCUCUACCUUGCCUUCCCCUCUCUUACUCUCCGCUCCUCGUCCUCUCUCUCACCCUCCCCACCUCCAGGCUCGGGGUUAUUUGCCCGUCCACACGACGGAAAUCAUCGACGGCAAUACUCGCUUCAAGAGACUUCCUCAGAGGGGUACGGAAAUGUCUUCCCCCCAGGCUGUCUCAACUCCCAACGCUGCAAGCAAGGAGAACCCUCCUGGCAAGCGAUGGGUGCCUACCCCCGAAUCCCGGGAUAAGCUUUUCAAGCCUUUCAGGUGUCCCGGUGCUGCUCAGUCCAGUCCAGCAGUCAACCGGCCGUCUCGCAAACGUAGAAAGGUCGAUUACAAGGGCGCCGAUGGGGCCCAAGACGACGACAAACCAUACACGAAUGCCGACCGCCUCGCCCUCGCCAACCGAGAUGCGAACCGUUUCCCCGUUUUCCACGCCAAGGACAAGUCCACCAUCUUCCGCAAGGCUUUUGCUGUCCCCCUUCUCAAUAAAAACAGCACCUCCUACAAUCCCAACCGCCCUCCUCCGACCUUGGGGCUCCGCCAAGGUGCUGUCUUUAUUGCUAAACCUCUACACGAUCCCAGUGGCGAGUUUGCCAUAGUCUUGUACGACCCCACCAUCGACGACAAGCCUCACGCCAAGCCCCUGGACGGAUUGCCCAAGGAGAAGGAGAAGGAGAAGGCUGCCGACACGGACACCAAGAUUGACGGCCCCAUCGUCCACAAGAGCUUGGCCGAAAUCCUCGGUAUCAAGAAGAAAGUCGAGGGUGAACACCCCAAGGUGCCUGUCGUCAUCGAUCCGCGUCUCGCAGCCGUGCUUCGGCCCCAUCAGAUCGAAGGCGUCAAGUUCAUGUACAGAUGUGUCACCGGCAUGGUCGACGAAAGAGCCAACGGCUGCAUCAUGGCCGACGAGAUGGGUCUCGGAAAGACCUUGCAAUGCAUCACCCUCCUCUGGACCCUGCUGAAACAAUCCCCCGAAGCCGGCAAACCCACACUCGAAAAGGCAAUCGUCGUCUGCCCCUCCAGCUUGGUCCGCAACUGGGCCAACGAGUUGGUCAAGUGGCUGGGUCCCGACGCCAUCAGCCCUUUCGCCAUCGACGGCAAGGCCUCCAAGGAGGAGCUGACCAGACAGCUGCGCCAGUGGGCCAUUUCCAGCGGCAGGUCCGUUACCCGGCCCGUCAUCAUCGUGUCCUACGAAACCCUGCGUCUCAACGUCGAGGAGCUCAAGCACACCAAAAUCGGUUUGAUGCUCUGCGACGAGGGUCACCGCCUGAAGAACGGGGAUAGCCAGACAUUUAGCGCCCUCAACAACCUUAACGUGAGCCGGAGGGUGAUUCUGUCCGGAACCCCCAUCCAGAACGACCUCUCCGAGUACUUCUCGCUGGUCAGCUUCGCCAACCCCGACCUUCUCGGAAGCCGCCUCGAAUUCCGAAAACGCUUCGAGCUUCCCAUCCUCCGUGGCCGCGACGCCGACGCCUCCGAGGCCGAGAGGAAGCGCGGCGACGAAUGCUUAGCCGAGCUCCUGGCCAUCGUCAACAAGUUUAUCAUCCGCCGGACCAACGACAUUCUGACCAAAUAUCUCCCCGUCAAAUACGAGCACGUCGUCUUCUGCAACCUCGCCCCAUUCCAACUGGACCUCUACAACUAUUUCAUCACCAGUCCCGAGAUCCAGGCUUUGCUGCGUGGUAAGGGUAGCCAGCCGCUGAAGGCCAUCAACAUCCUCAAGAAGCUCUGCAACCACCCCGACCUCCUGAACCCUCCCGAGGACCUCCCCGGCUCGGAGGAGUGCUACCCCGAUGACUACGUGCCGAAAGCCUCCCGCGGUCGCGACAGGGAUAUCAAGCCGUGGUACUCGGGCAAGAUGCAGGUUCUCGACCGCAUGCUCGCCCGCAUCCGCCAGGAUACCAACGACAAGAUCGUCCUCAUCAGCAACUACACCCAGACCCUCGACCUCUUCGAGCGCCUCUGCCGCUCCCGCGCCUACGGCUCUCUGCGCCUGGACGGCACCAUGAACGUCACCAAGCGCCAGAAGCUGGUCGACAGGUUCAACGACCCCAACGGCGACGAGUUUGUCUUUCUGCUCAGCAGCAAGGCCGGCGGCUGCGGCAUCAACCUCAUCGGCGCCAACCGCCUCAUCCUGUUCGACCCGGACUGGAACCCGGCCGCCGACCAGCAGGCCCUCGCCCGCGUGUGGCGCGACGGCCAAAAGAAGGACUGUUUCGUCUACCGCUUCAUCGCGACCGGCACCAUCGAGGAGAAGAUCUUCCAGCGCCAGAGCCACAAGCAGAGCUUGUCCAGCUGCGUCGUCGACUCGGCCGAGGACGUCGAGCGCCACUUCUCCCUCGACAGCCUCCGCGAGCUGUUCCAGUACCGCCCCGGCACCAAGUCGGACACCCACGACACUUUCAAGUGCAGGCGGUGCAAGCCCGACGGGAAGCAGUUUGUCAAGGCCCAGGCUAUGCUCUACGGCGACACCAGCACCUGGAACCACUUUGUCAAUGAGCAUCUGGCUCCUAUCCAGGACUUGCUGUUGCGCCAGGAGUGCGGCGAGUCGGACGUGUCGGCUGUCUUUCAGUUCAUAUCCCAUUAGAUGGAUGAAACGGGCAGCCGAGCGGCCGAUAGAUUUUCGAUUUGAAUCGUUCAAGAUUUUAUAAGCGAUACCUCCUUUUUUACAACGACGCGAAUUUAAAUCAAAGGCGCAAACAUGGCUGCGAGCUUUACGGGAAAAAAGGGAAAAAGGGUGAGUUCGAGAUGCUGAGCCCGGCGACAGGGUGUUGGGUGUAAUGAUAUUCGGGUCGAUUCACUCGUUAGAAUUCAUGUGCGCAUAGCGUUGUCGAAAUUCACAGCAGUAUCAUGACUA